AUGGGUUUUUUAUUUACAACUUUUAGUCCUCGUUCACCUUCUUCAAAUACUAAUAAAUUAUGUAGUGGUGGAAAUAGAAAUAAUUCAGGAUCUUGCAUUUCCUCAAAAGUAUCAGCAUUUAGAUUAUAA